AUGGAUGGGUUAGACACAUCCAUCCCAGUCCCUGACGCCAAGUGUCAGCGUGCUCUCACGAAAUUUGACAUCGCUCUGAAUGUAGUGUCCAUUAUACUUAUGGUGGCUCUCAGUUUCUUACAAAAACGAAAGUUCCUCAAGAUGGAUAUUUGUCAUGGACGCCCAGGAGUUAUUUACCCUGUCAACUUGUUGGACGACCGUACAUGCAGGUUUACAUAUGCAGCAGCCUUUGGUCUUGCAUCGGCAUCAAUAUUUAAAUACCUCGUUGGCGAAGGAGAUCCGUUUGGUGUCAAAGAUGUGCCUUCCUACUUAAAAGCGCUAUGGCUAAUAGUUGUGGUAACUUUCACCGGAAGUGCUUACUAUCCCCUCUUCGUAUCUAUUACAUUGGAAUCUGUUGUAACGUACAUCAUUGGAACGAUUUACUCGUGGAUAUUUCUGAUAAGAACGAUCCUCGACGUGUUUUUAUGCAACAAAGAAAGCGAAACGUCAGGAGUAAUGACUGCAGCACAACUGCCUGUCCUCACGUGUGCACUGUAUUUGUCCAUACGAUUCCCAAUUGUUCUGGUCAAAUAUAUUUUGCAAUACAGACAUACCAGAGACAUGGAAAUUGACUGUGCAAAUUUAGGUACACUUGUAAGUGUUAAUGGUAAACAUUGUGCAUAUUACCUUGUGUCAAAACGAACUAAAAACAGACAUCCGCGGACAUUACCAAAGGGUUUCAAAUAUUCAACACGUAUGAUAUCGACUAUUGUGGUGUCCAUUAUCGUUAUCUAUGAGUUCCUAGUACUUGGCAUUUGGUUUACCAUAUUGUUAACUGACGCAUUUUUCCCAGAUGGCGAAGACUUGAAUAUCAAAGCGUGUGCUAUAUCGUCACUCGUGCUGGCUUUUAUAGUGUCCAUAUGUGUAAUGUUACAUAUGCUUCAGAAAUACAGAGACAACACACUUGCUGUAUGUCGAGGCGAUCAUUCACUAAUACCAAGCGUUGAUGGACAAAGCAUGUUUUUAUUUUCUCCUGCCAUGCGAGUGGUAUCAGGAAGUCGCUAUAUUGGUUUUCAAGUGGCAUACAUGGCGUGGG